UCAGCUUUUAUUUUUACUUUGUAUUUUUAGAGUAAAAAAUGACAACUGCUGCUCUGCCGCCGGCUCCGAGCUCUAAACCUCUCGCAAAUCCAGGCCCGGCCCAGUCCCCAGGUCCUCAAACUGGGCCUCCUGGUGGUCAAGGAGGUCCCCCUGGUGGACCACCUGGAGGUACUCCGCCAUCUGGCCCUCCUGGUUCAGCAACUAACGGUCCCCGGCCUGGCUUCAAUCCUCAGAACGUGCAGAAAAUGUUAGAUGAAAACUCCUCCCUAAUAAAGACUAUUGCCGAUUACCAGGGAAUGGGAAGACAUCAGGAAUCCAUGAAUUACCAGUGGCAGCUGCACAGGAAUUUGACCUACCUGGCUCAAAUGGCGGACGCCAACCAAAACAUUGCUUCCCUUCUGCCGCCUCCCGGACAAAUGCCGCCGCGUGGACCUCCUGGCGCCCCCCCAGGACCUCCUGGGGCCCCACAAGGGUAUCCUGGCCAGUAUGGAUUCAGUGGACAGCGCCCACCUUACUAUGGCUCUAGCGGAUAUACAGGCCCUGACCGUGGAUACUCUAGCAGUGGACCGCCAGGGGCUUACAGUGGACCCCAGUAUGGUGCUCCUGCACCUGGGGGAGCUCCUGGCUACCCCCCUGGUGCCGGAUAUCCACCUGGACAGAAUAGUUAUCCAGCCGGAGGACCAGGAUAUCCACCGACACGACCUCCUCAACAGAAUAAUUAUCCAGGUGGUCCUGGAUAUCCACCCGGUCAGGGUGGACCACCCCAGCCUGGUGGCUAUCCUGGUGGACCACCUGGACCUCCUGUUUCAGCUUCUGGACCUCCAAGUGCACCGCCGACCUCUGCAGCUCCUGGUGCAACCUCGCCUGGCUCCAGUACAUCGAGUACUCCACCAGCUUCUACACCGAGUGAGGGUCCUCCAACCUCUGCUCCAUCUUCUCUUCCUCCAACUUCUCAGCACCUCGGUCCUCCAACAUCUCAAAGCAACACAUCUCCUGCUCCUUCCCCCCAACCACGUGGAGCACCUUCUCCUCACACACGACCCACAGAUGCUCCAUCUCCUCACAAUCCUCCCUCUCAGUCUCCUCAGAGCGGACCUGGUCCGUAUCCAGGCUAUCCAUCCGGUGGUUAUCCAGGAUAUGGUGGAGCUCCCGGAUAUGGCGGAGGUGGAGCCCCACCAGGACCUGGUCCGUACCAAGGGGGUGCCCCAGCACAAGGAUAUCCACCACACUCUGGAUAUCCAGGACCUGGCAACUAUCCACCAGGUGGAUAUCCACCGUCAGGACCUGGUGCAUACCAAGGCUAUGGUGGAUACCAGGGAUACCCGCCUAGUAGUGGAUACUACAGGCCUCCUGGUGGCUCUCCAAUGGGACCUGGAAGUGGAUAUCCAGGAGGAUAUGAUCAAGGUCGCUAUGGUCCUCAAAGUGGAGGUUCUGGACCCCAAGGACCUCCUGGAGGGCCUCCCGGGCCUCCUUCCUCUCAGUAAUGUUCACUUUCUAGUCUAGGCAGGUGGUAAACAACUUCAGAGCUACCUGGCGCCUAAAAUCUUCAUUAUGGGAUCUUGAUCUUGAACCUGACUAAAAGCACCUGCACUGACUGACUGGAUUUGAACUACAGAGGCACAGAGACGAAUCUGUUGAAUUCUCAUAAAACAAAUUGUACCUUUACCAUUAGUAAUAAGCAUCAGUAUCUUAACUUUUAUCGCAUUAUAUUCAUAUGACCUUUGAUGAUGAUAAAUACAGCCCUAAAAAUC